UCAAUUCCUAUUAGUUUUUACAAUGUGAGUUAGUAUAAUAAAGUCAGAGAUUAAGUGAUGUUUAAACGAUUUUGAUAUAGGUGAAAGAUUUGCAUCAUACUAGAAAAACAAUGAGUAAAAAGGAAGUGUAAUAUUUGUUGAAAAAUGAAUCUCCGACUUGGCAACUCUAAAUCAGCAAAAUACUUACACCCUUCUUUUCUUGUAGAAUGUCAGUGUUGUGAAAAUAAUUUUAAAUUUUAUUAUUUUAUUUUAUUCUUUGUGCAUAUGAAUAAGUAAAAAAGAAGUGCUGAAGAAGACUGCGUUGAUAAAUUUGUUAAGUGCCUUAAUAUCGUUGAACGAUUUUCUUGCAAUUGGAAAUGUUGUUCCAGCUUUUAUUAAUUUGACGUAAUUAACAUCACGAAGAGGAGUAUACACAUUUUGUCAUUUUCGAUAUUUCGACCUGUUUUUUCUUGUAUAAAUACACACAAGAAUGUCGUUGAGUAAGUCCAGCGCGAGUGACGACGCAAACAAAUGCAGCGUUAAAACGGAUGAGUCGACGUCAGCUGCGUCAAAAUCGUCGAUUAAUCUGGUUGUACGCAAUUAUCAAAAUUCUGAUGAGAAUUUACAGGCGCUGUUUGAUAGUGUUUUAAAUCCCAGCGAAUCGAAUCGCCCACUGCAGGUGCCUUUUCGGAUGCGCAAGUUGCCGAACUCAUUUUUUACUCCUCCUGCAGCAAGUCCCAAAUCGCCAACCGUGUCACAUUCAAGGGCUAAUAGCGUCGAUUCGGCCUACGACUGUGGUUCUCAACCAAAUAUUAACCAAACUUCCGUGGCAUCAUCACUUUCCGAUUUGCAAACACCUGCGGCUGUGCAGGCCCAACAGCAAUCCACAAACGCAAUUAACACACAACCAACUGCUCCCUCUACCACCGCCGCACAAGCAGAACCUCCACGUUUACAAAUCUGUCAUUCACGUGCUCAUAGUAGCCCCGCUUCCCUUCAACAAACAUAUAUUCAUGGUAAUGUUGCAGACGAUGCUGCUCCUCCUUUCCUUCAACAGCAGGGUGAUCGUGGAGGUAGCAGUACGUCGACGUCGGCUGCUCCAGGAUUUCCCAAUAAUUUGAUAGGGUAUAAUGCGGCAGCCGCUGCCGUCGCCGCUGCCGCUGGUCUCAAUGCCAGUAAUAUUUUAGGAUUGUCUGGUGCAGGAGCUUCGGUUCCUUUGCAAACAUAUCACAUGAAGCAGAGAUCAUAUGAUGUUAUUAGUCCCAUACAACUGCAGAAUGAAUUGGGCCCACUUCCUCCCGGAUGGGAGCAAGCAAAAACCAACGACGGUCAAAUUUAUUACUUGAACCAUACAACGAAAACAACACAAUGGGAGGAUCCCAGAACACAGUUUAAGCAACAACAGGCAUUAAAUGCAGUUUCUAAUACCAGGGCUACUGCUAAAGUCAACGGGACAGACAAUAUAUUAGCUUCGAGUAAUUUGGGGCCAUUGCCAGAAGGAUGGGAACAAGCCUUGACCGAAACAGGGGAAGUUUAUUUUAUUAACCAUAUUGAUCGGACUACUUCAUGGAAUGAUCCGAGGUUGAAUGACCCAAGGUUUCCUCUGUUGAUUCAAAAAGAAUUAAAACCUAAGACGGAAAUGAGUUGGGUAAAUGCAACUGAUAUUGACAAAGAUUCUGAUAUAUUUAAGCAAAAAUCGCGACAGAAGUCGUUAAACAAACCCAAUAUUAGCUUGCACAUGGAUCCGUUCCUAUCUGGUGACAACCACGCUCGACAGGAAUCGAGUGACAGUGGAUUGAGUUUAUCAUCGAAUUCAUUUGCCGUAAACCCGGACUUCAUAACUCAUAUGGAUAAUAGCAUGGAUUGUAUAAGUGAAAAUGGCAGCAUAAUUGACAACUUGGAUACAACUUUGCAGUUAAAUGAUAAUAUUAUAAUGAUCAACGACGUGCUCAAUUCUCCAUCGAAUAAACCCGAUAAUUUGGAAUGGUAUAAAUUAAAUUAAUUUAUUUGUAAUAUCACCAACUAUAUUAUACAUAUAUAUAUGUAUACAUCCAUACAUAUGAUUUUAUAUAGAAGAAAAAACGCGCGUAUACAUUAUUAUAUCAACAUUUGUAUGUCCACUCAACUUCUAAGAGUAAAAGUAUUUCCAUUUAUCGUAGAUUUAAUUAUCAUUAUUUUUUGCAAGCAAAAAAUUUUAAACAAUCAAAUCAAUAAAAUUGUAAAGCACGAUCUAUUUUUCUCAAUAUAACAUUAAACUACA